AACAUAAAUAUAUAAUAAAACUUGUGUUUUUAGUGGAAAUAAAUCAGUAGGUUAUUUUAAAUAUUUCUAUUAUACUGAAAUUAUAUAGUUAAUAUGACAACCAAGGUUCCUCCUCUAACGUACAAAGUAAUUGCUGAAUGUUCUGUGACGAAGGCGCGAGCCGGCUUAAUGACACUUCGUCAUGGUGAAGUCAAUACACCAGUCUUCAUGCCAGUAGGCACUCAAGGUACUUUGAAAGGUCUAUUGCCGGAUCAGCUAAUUGAACUUAACUGUCAAAUACUGCUAGGCAACACAUACCAUUUAGGCAUGCGCCCUGGCAUUGAAACACUUCAAAAGGCUGGUGGACUACACAAAUUUAUGAGUUGGCCCCGUGGUAUUCUAACCGAUUCUGGUGGCUUUCAGAUGGUUUCUUUGUUAAAGUUGGCGCAAAUUGAUGAGAACGGUGUAAACUUCUGCUCUCCAUUUGACAAUAGUGAAUGUAUGUUGACACCUGAACAUUCAAUUCAAAUUCAAAAUACUAUUGGCGCCGACAUAAUGAUGCAGUUGGAUGAUGUUGUCAAGACUACCACUGUUGGCCCGCGUGUUGAAGAGGCAAUGCAUCGUACUAUACGUUGGUUGGAUCGUUGCAUAAAUGCACAUGCUCGUGAUGACGAUCAAAGUUUAUUCCCUAUUGUACAGGGUGCAUUGGAUCCUGAAUUGCGCAAAAUAUGCGCAGACGCAUUGAUACAGCGCAAAGUGCGCGGUUAUGCUGUGGGCGGUCUUAGCGGUGGCGAAAGUAAACAUGAGUUCUGGCGUACAGUACAUGUGUGUACCGAUCUGCUGCCAAAGGAUAAGCCACGAUAUUUAAUGGGUGUAGGUUUCGCUGCUGAUUUGGUCGUUUGCGUGGCGCUUGGUAUUGAUAUGUUUGAUUGUGUUUUCCCCACACGAACAGCUCGUUUUGGUUGCGCGCUGGUUAAUACUGGACAAAUGAAUUUAAAAAAUAAAAAAUACGAAAACGACAUGCGCCCCAUUGAUGAUGAAUGCGAGUGUAGCACAUGCAGCAAAUAUACACGUUCGUAUUUGCAUCAUAUUGCCGCGAUGGAAGCAGUAUCAUGUAGUUUGUUAAGUAUCCACAAUGUGGCAUAUCAAUUGAGGCUAAUGCGGAAUAUGAGAGAAGCUAUAGAGCGCGACCGAUUCCCUCAGUUUAUAUGCGAUUUUAUGGCAAAACAUUUCGAAGGUGAGUCGGUGCCAUUGUGGAUUAGAGAAGCUUUACAAGCGGUCAAUGUGGAAUUGCCGCCUGACGAAGAUAAAGUGAAAGAAGCAGUGGCAUAAUAUUGUCUUUCAAUGUAUGAUUAAUAAUUUAAUAAAAAAAUUAUGUAUAUAUGUAUUUAUUUCACAAACAGGCAAAAAUACAUAAUAAUGGAAAUAUAGUAUUAUUCAUAGUUAACAA